AUGAAAAUGAUUUUAUUUGCUUGUUCGCUCUUACUAACUAUAUUCUCAACUUGUGGCUAUGCAGCUAUAAACACGUCAAGUCCUUUGUCAAUAGAACAAACUCUGAGCUCUCCUAGUGAUUUUUAUGAGUUAGGUUUCUUCAGUCCUAAUAACUCUCGAAAUCUAUAUGCUGGGAUCUGGUUCAAGAACGUUGAUCCUCGUGUGGCUGUGUGGGUGGCUAACAGAGAUACACCAGUUACAACGUCCACGGCGAGUCUCACUCUCAGCAGCAACGGGACUCUGAUCUUGCUUGAUGGAAAUCAAGAUGUUGUUUGGUCAGCAGGAGAAGCUUCCACAUCUAACAAGUGUCACGCGGAGCUUUUAGACACAGGAAAUCUUGUUGUGAUUGAUGAUGUUUCAAGAGAAACUUUAUGGGAAAGUUUUGAGAAUCUUGGUAAUACUUUGCUGCCUCAGUCAUCGUUGACGUAUGAUCUUCCCCAGGGCAAGAAGCGUGUAUUGACGUCAUGGAGAAAUGACACUGAUCCAUCCCCUGGGGAGUUUACACUGGAGAUUACACCACAAGUCCCUUCGCAGCAGCUGUUGAGGAGAGGCUCAGUACCUUACUCAAGAAGUGGUCCAUGGGCAAGAACAAGAUUCUCUGGCAUAGACGGAUGGGAUGAAUCAUUUGUGAGUCCAUUCAGCCUUGUCCAAGAUGUAGUGAACGGCACAGGCUCUUUCUCUUAUUCCACAUUCAGAAACUACAAUCUAUCGUAUCUCACGGUAACAUCAGAAGGGCAAAUCAAGAUUUACUGGGACAAUGGCAAAAGGUGGUUGCAUCACUUUACGGCUCCAGAAAACUCAUGUGAUUUCUAUGGUGCAUGCGGGCCUUUUGGUUACUGUGUGAGAUCCAGUUCUCCGAGGUGCAGAUGCUUGAAAGGGUUUGUGCCAAAGUCAGAUGAAGAGUGGAGGAAAAGGAAUUGGACAAGUGGGUGUGUGAGACGUACACAGUUAUCUUGCAAGGCAAAUGCUUCUACUAGAAGACAAGGCAGAGACGCAGACGUCUUCUAUCGUAUGACCAAUGUAAAGACUCCGGAUCUGUACCAGUUUGCAAGCUUUCUAAAUGCAGAACAGUGUUACGAAGGUUGUCUAGGCAAUUGUUCUUGCACAGCCUUUGCCUAUAUAAGUGGGAUUGGAUGCUUGGUAUGGAAUGGGGAGCUAGUUGACACAGUUCAGUUUUUGACUAAUGGAGAGAUUCUCUCCAUCCGUCUUGCAAGCUCGGAAUUAGCUGGAAGCAGUCGAACAAAGAUUAUUGUAGGUAUCAGUGUCAGUCUUUCCAUUUUCGUGAUCUUGGCCGUUACAGCAUAUCUGUUCUGGAGAUACAGAGCAAAACAAAAUGAAUCAACUCCGGUUGUCGUUGAUACUUCACAAGAUGCAAGGAAGAAUGAUUUCGCACCACGAGAUAUCUCAGGCGUAAAUUUCGUUGAGAUGAACACCAUACGAACUGCCACCGAUGACUUCAGUUCCUCGAAUAAACUCGGUCAAGGUGGAUUUGGUCCAGUUUAUAAGGGAAAGUUGCCGGAUGGGAGGGAAAUAGCUGUUAAACGCCUCUCUAGUAGCUCCGGUCAGGGUACAGAGGAGUUCAUGAAUGAAAUAACACUGAUCUCGAAAUUACAACAUAGAAUCUUGGUUCGGCUUUUGGGAUAUUGCAUUGAAGGAGAAGAGAAGAUAUUGAUAUAUGAGUUUAUGGUGAAUAAAAGCCUCGACAUUUUUCUCUUUGAUCCAUCUCUGAAGUUCGAGCUUGAUUGGCCAAAGAGAUUUGAUAUCAUUCAAGGCAUUGCUCGUGGACUUCUCUAUCUCCACCGUGACUCACGCCGCAGGGUUGUAGGAACACUCUAA